AUGGCGUCCUACCCGGCCGUCUCCCCGGCGCCCAUAGCCCCGCGACCGCCCUCGACCACCACGCCCGGGCCCAGCGCACCCGCAUCCAGCACGUCCGGCCCGACACCGCCAGCUCCACACGGCCCACCGCCACCCAAGCGCAAGCGCCGCUCCAAGGUCGACUCGGCGUGCCGGUUCUGCCGCCGCAGCCACAUGCAGUGCUCGGGCGAGCGGCCCUGCGCGCGCUGCAUCAAGCGCGAGAUCGCCCACCUGUGCACCGACGAGCCCAUCGCGGGACUCGACCCGGCCCAGCAGGCGGCCCAGGCCUCGUCGAGCCAGGCCGGCCACCAGACGUCGCCCGUCGCGCCCGCGCCUCCGGCGCUCGCCGUCACGCAGAGCGCGAGCGUCGACGUCGACGGCGGCGCAGGGGCCGCCGAAAUGCUCAACACGCUCGGCCUCGACAUCGGCGGCUCGCUCGGCGGCGGCGGCGGUGGUGGUGGAGGAGAGGGCGGACCAAGAGCGGGAGCGAGCAGUGGAGGCGGGCAGCUCGGCGGGCAUAACGCGUUCGCGAGCCUGAUGGAGGGCAACCUGUUCGGACCGGGACCGUCGGCGGCCGAGGACAUCUACAACGCGGCGUCGCAGGCGAGCCAGCCGAGCAUCUUCACGCCCGACUUCAACCUCGCCAUGCUCGACCUCGCCAACGACGGGCUCGGAGCAGGUCUCGGGCUCGACAUGACGUCGGGCAGCGACGGCGAGUUUCAGGGCCUUGGUCUGAGCGAGUUCCUCCAGUCGCUCAACGACCCGCCGCUGUACACGCCCGACCAGCCGUCGCAGCCGCAGCAGAUUGGCGGCCUGCCGAUCAACACCGACACGGGCUUGACGGUCCCGCCAGAACAUGCCGCAGGACUUGUCGCCGACCCGAGGGACAAGGGCAAGAGCACGGGUCCGAGCGUGCCCGGCAGCCCGAUCAACAAGACCGAGCGCUUCCUCCUGACGGCCGCCGACCAGAAGGACGGCUCCCGCUCGGACCGGCUCGCGCGCGUCAUCCACGCCAAGUUCGAGGCGGGCCUCUUGCGGCCGUACAACCACGUCGCAGGCUACACGAGGCUCAUGAAGUGGAUGGCCGACAACAUGUCGGCGAGCUCGCGGCAGAGGACGUUGCACACCCUGAGCGAGUUCCGGCCCACGUUCCGGGCAAUCGCCUCGGGCCUGACCGACCUCGACCUCGUCUUUAUCGAGGAGGCGUUCGAGCGCCUCCUGCUCGACUACGACCGCGUCUUCUCGUCGAUGGGCAUCCCGAGCUGUCUGUGGAGGAGGACGGGCGAGAUCUACAAGGGCAACAAAGAGUUUGCGGCGCUCGUUGGCGUCCCGAUCGAGCACCUGCAGGGCGGCAAGCUCGCCAUCUACGAGCUCAUGGCCGAGGAGAGCGCCGUAAACUACUGGGAGAAGUACGGGAAUAUCGCGUUCGACAGCGGGCAGAAGGCCGUCCUCACGUCGUGCGUCCUCAUCAACCAGUCGAUCCUGUCGCGCAAGCGGAGAAAGGCCGGCGCCGACAAGGGCAAGAUUGCCGAGGAGGCCAUGGUCAGCGCGUGCUUCUCCUUUACCAUCCGCCGCGACAGCUACGGCAUCCCCUCCCUCAUCGUCGGCAACUUUAUCCGCCUGUAGCGGCGCAGCACCCUCUCGUCGUUGCUUCACGCGCGCGUCGUCGACGCGCCCUUUCUCGGUCUCGAAGGAUCACGCCCGUCUCGGGCGUUGUUGUCUGGUCGUGCGGCUCUCUCUGCAACUCUGUGCGCGGUUUCAUGA